AUGAUCUACGCCUACAACGCCCGCACGGGACUUGUGGCGGACCCAUUCGAUAUCAAAUCGGCUCUGGCCCUGUAUGACCUGGAUUCCAUCGAGUUUGUGCACUCCAGGAGGACGGACAGCCUUGCAGUGGUUGCCUGGAGCCCGGCACUGGUGCUAGUGUCCUUCAGGGGCACCUCCAGCAUCACCAAUAUCCUGGCAGACUUGAGGGCGUGGCUGGUGGUGCACCCGCCACCAAGGCGGGCACACUGCAGGCUGCGUGGACGUCCCAGGGUACACAAGGGCUUCCUGGACAGCUGGACGGCCGGUGGGUUCAACCAGCAGGUCCUGAAGCUCAUAUCCGAUGUGCUGUCCCUUCCAGGCUAUGACAGGUCGACCAUGCGCGUGCUGGUCACUGGCCACUCGCUGGGUGGUGCGAUUGCGCAGCUGGCUGCCUUUGAGAUCAGCAGCACUCUGAAGGUGGGCCCCUGCCGGGUGUCCUGCUACACCCUGGGCUGCCCAAAAGUGGGGAACAGGGCGUUCGCAUGUGAGUAUCAUCGGGCCGUGCCGGACACGUGGCACGUGGUGAACGACCUGGACGUUGUGGCAAGGACGCCGGAGCUGCUGUGGUACAAGAGGGCAGGGCGGCGGGUGGUGAUGAAUGCCAAAGGUGACAUGAUCGUGGAGCCGGUGUAUGUCGAGUUCAAAUUCCUGUCCCUGAUGCCGGCCAAGGUGUCGGUGGCGCACCACCUCCUUGCGGGGUACAAGCGGUCGGUGUCUGCGGUGGCCAGUGCGCAGCUUGUGCAUGGCAGGGGGAUCCCUGGCCAUAGGCUGGCUGUGCAGAAGCUCUUGAAGAAGGCCCACAUAACCAAGCUGCUGGGGCUGACAGAGGCAGGGUCAUGCGACCUGAACAGCUUGAUCUGGCCAGGGAGGUUCAGGCGAUCAAGGGGUCAGCUGUCCACACAGCGCUUGGCUUCUGAGACCCUGACAGACCCUACGUCCACGGUGGAUGAGUUGGAAGGGGUGGGCAUGGGGGACUGCAUGUCGCUGCUCCACGCCUUGUACAAAGCAGUGAAGUGCUGGAUCGCAGGUUUGAGGGGCAUCGAUUGUGACCUGGACUGUGACGAAGAGCAGAGUUUCGAAAUGGGUGACAGACUUGGGGGUGGUGGGGGGAAUGGGCCCACUGAAAAAGCAAUAAUCAUGCCAGGAGUGGGCGUAUGUUUGUACAAGGGGUGA